AUGAAUGUUACACAAGAUUAUUUGGACUAUAAUACUACCAACAUUUUCGACAAAAACCAAACUAUGUCAGAUUAUCCUAAAAUUAUCAUGAGCUCAUUCGUAUUCAUCAUCUGCUGUAUGGGAGUCCCAUUAAAUGGAAUUGUUAUCUGGCUACUUGGCAUUCAAAUUAAGAGAAACCCUUUCACCGUGUUGAUUCUCAAUUUAGCUAUUGCCGACUUUGGGUUUCUUAUAUUUAUGAUGAUAAUUAUUAUUAUGCUUAUGAUUAUAAAUUGCACUCAAAAUUUUAAAUAUUUUAUACAGCCAGGAAUUCCCUUAAAAAUCUUCAUUACUCUCUUCAGUGCUACAUAUAUCAAUGGUCUAUUUCUUCUGACAGCCAUCAGCAUUGACCGGUGUGUGGCUGUCCUUUUCCCAAUCUGGCAUCGUUGUUCCCGGCCAAAAUAUUUGUCCUCAGUUGUCUGUGUCUUCCUCUGGAUCUUCUCUUUCUUCCUGAUUGCAAUAUGUAACAUUAUACAAUAUUUGUUUUUAUAUAAUGAAAUCUGCAAUUUCCAUUUGGUUGUGAGUGCUGUGCUUUGCCUUCCAUUGAUCACAACCUCUACUGUGAUCCUAUUCUUCAAAAUAUGUCUUAAAUCCAAACAGAUCAAACGUGGAAGACUUUUAGUGAUGAUCUUAAUUACUCUUCUCUGUUUCCUUAUUCUUACUCUUCCUUUAUAUAUCUAUGUGUUCACUACUCAUUUUCUUAACAAGAGGUAUUUGUUUGAUAUUCUUGAACUGAAUUUCUACUUAGCUCCAAGUGCUUCUUUAAACAGCUGUGUUAACCCUGUGGUCUAUUUUCUGGUUGGGAGAAAGAAACGAUCUUGGACCAGGGAGAGCAUCAAGGUGAUUUUUCAAAGAGUCUUCAGAGAAGAUGAAGCUGCUGAAAUCUGA